AUGAAGACUGGUUGGAAAUGUGAUGGAUAUAGUGAAGCUCUCACUACAAAACGAGUUCCACAUGCCUUCAAAUUUGUCAACUAUGUCGUUAAUGGACCGCCUUGUUCUGUGGCACUUUUCCGCCAUGCAGCACCCCCGCAGCAACAAAGUGCAUUCGAGUAUUAUCAACUGCACGUGUCUCUUGAGCUUUCCGGACCAUUUGAGGAAGAGCUUGACGUCUGGAACAGAUUAGUCCUCCGAGCGGCAUAUCACGAAGAAGCAAUAAGACAUGCUAUUUACGCACUGGGCAGCUUUCACCAACAUUACAGUAUAUUGAGCGACAAUAUUUCUUCAUUCUCAAAACAAGGUCUAGAGGAGUAUUCUCUCGCCCUAUUCACACUGGCCACUUCAAAACAUAGUCAGAGAUUGAUGGAGGUGACAUUGAUAGGGUACAUUCUCUUCACAUUUUGCGAGCAGCUGCAGGGACAUUUUGGAUCUGCUAAGGCCCAUGUGGAGAGUGGUUUCAAACUUUUGCAUGACUAUGUGAGAUCUGAGAAAGAAAACAAUUCUAGGCCGAAGGGACCUAAGGACUCUCAGAGUUAUAUUCCCGUGGAGGCUUUGGUGACGUUGUUCAGAAGGCUUCAUUGUCAGUUGAUCGAGAUCGGACAACCCUCAUCAUACAUGAUUGAUGAAACAUUACCCAGCAGAGCUCCUCAGAUUGACUAUCACUUUCAAUCAUUAGGAGCUGCGAGCUAUGCUCUCGAGAGACUGGCGCAGCAACUCAAUACCAUCACACAAUAUGCUACUGCGAACAACUUGAGCGCAUGGUCCCCCGAGAUGACCUUGCUGCGUGAGACUAGCUAUAGUGGAAUUCUACGAGAGAUCGACCAAUGGAAAAUGGGUUUUGAUGAUUACAUAUCUUGCGAAACGCGACUAUCCCCACAAUCUCUGGAGCAGAGGGAAGAAGCUGUGAAGAUUUUACGGCUGUGGUAUUUUGCGACAAAACUCUUCCUCCAGCUCGAAUCUCCUAACGAAGUAAUGGGUUAUGACAAUUGCAAUUCAAUUUUCCAGGCAAUGGUUGAGGUUGGCCACGAGUUGCUCUUGCACCAUACAGACCGUCAUCAACAGCCAGAUCAUUGCUCGACGAGAACGCUUCACAAAUUAUCAGCUCCAGUGAUCGAGAGCCUUAAGUUCACGAAUACUGAACUGACUAUGUUCAAGGACUAUGUACAGAAGGACAACGACUUUCACGAAUUACGGCCAUCCUACUUCUCACGACUUGAAGGGCGAGGUAGACCAGUCUUCACACACGCAGCUUUUUCACCUCUGCCUCCCUUGUUUCUCGUUACCACUAGGUGUCGAGACCCAAAUCUGAGGCGUCAAGCCUUAAAGGUUCUUUCCCAACUCAACCGACGUGAUGGAUUUUGGGACUCAAGGGUAGCAUCGACGUGCGCAGGACUUGUGGUCUACUCCGAAGAGCUCGAGAGUACCCGCUUGAACAGAAACACGAGCGAUGCCUGCACUUCCACGGAAAUCAAAUUUGCGAAGGAGGUCCGGGCCGAUACUCGAAUAGUGGGCAUUCAAUCAGAAUUUGGUGAGGGCAGAUCAAUGACCCUCAGUGUGCUGAAAGCAGGUGCGGCUCCAUGA